UCUCCAACCCACUUCUUCUUCUUCACUUGUCGCCAUUGAUUCCGAUUCGAGCUCCAAUGGCUCUCCUCCAUUCUUACUGUUGUUCUUCAGCUCCACCGUCGUCUUCUUCUCUUACCUCGUUCAAAACCUCAUCAUCGAGUUCACAUUUUUUGACCGUCUCUACCAUCGGCCCCCAACGUCGCCGUUUUACCCCAAUUUGUCCGUCUCUGAGGUUGAAAGCUACUCUAGCCGUCGAACCUGUAUCGAAUUCCGGCUCUGACCGUGACAGAGAGUCUCCGAAGCUUCUGCUGGAGGUCAAAGGCCUCUCCGCCGUGAUCGCCGAAUCGAAAGAGCCAAUUCUUAAAGGCGUAAGCCUUACUGUCUACGAAGGAGAGGUUCAUGCUGUAAUGGGGAAGAAUGGUUCAGGGAAGAGCACUUUUGCAAAGGUCCUUGUUGGUCAUCCAGAUUAUGAAGUUACAGGAGGCAGUGCCAUGUAUAAAGGUGAGAACUUGAUUGAAAUGGAACCUGAGGAAAGAUCUGUUGCUGGGAUUUUCUUGAGCUUUCAAUCUCCAGUUGAAAUUCCUGGAGUGAGUAAUAUUGACUUUCUGAAUAUGGCAUACAAUGCUCGAAGAAGAAAGUUAGGUAUGCCGGAGCUUGAACCACUUGAGUUCUACGGGUUCAUCACCCCCAAGCUUAAACUUGUGAAUAUGGGGAUUGACUUCUUAAACAGAAAUGUAAAUGAGAACUUCAGUGGUGGUGAACGGAAACGCAAUGAGAUUUUGCAGCUUGCGAUUCUGGGGGCGGAUUUGGCUAUAUUGGAUGAAAUAGAUUCUGGAUUGGAUGUUGACGCGCUUCAAGAUGUGGCAAAAGCAGUAAAUGGUCUCUUGACUCCUAAGAAUUCAGUUUUGAUGAUUACUCAUUACAAACGACUUUUGGAAUUCAUCAAGCCUACCUAUAUCCACAUUAUGGAGGAUGGGAACAUAGUGAAGACUGGAGACAUCUCUUUAGCUCAAGUUCUUGAGACAGAAGGCUAUAAGGGAAUUUCGAACACUUAAUUGCAGGCCAAUAGAUUUUGUACUCUCUCUCUCUCUCUCUCUCACACAUACACACACACACACAAAAACAGAAGCUCACGCGCACAAACAUUUUUGUUAUCAACUUUGGUGGAAGUAAAAUAUGGGUUACUCUUGUCAGUUCCUUCGGGUGGAAAUUUUCAUCGACCUCUCUACUCAUGGUGCUUGAGUCAAAAUCAACAAUUAACUCAACAGGCAUUUACAGGAAGCGAGACAAUCAACGCUUUCAAAGCGCUUAUUUAACAUUGAGGAUCACAUAUUCUGAAGCAAUGGUCGAGCUAAAAGUUGGAUCGUUUUCUCUUGAAUGUGAAGAAUUCAAAAUUUUGGGAUGUCUUCGCGAUGCCUUUUUCUGUUCCUUCAUGUCCAGCCUUCUGUUGUGCUUUCAUGAUGAACUGUUUGUUUCUGGCGGUAUGUAUCAUUGUCGUAUUUAUUUUCAGCAUUUCUACAGAAAUGAAAGGAUGAAUGUUAACUCCCAACGUCCAAACUCAACUCGACCCAGUUGUAUAACAUUUCACAACUCGAAGAUUUUUGUGAUAAGCAAAAAUGCUCCAUUGAAGCUUUUAGCCUACUUUUGUACUCGUCAGAGGCAUGUUACCAUCUCUAUGACUCUACCGAGUGGUCAGUAUCAC